GCGGCCCGGCUCAGUGUCAGAGCAGGAGGACCGGAGAUGCCGCAGGACCUGGCCCAGUCGGGCGCUUCCCCUCGAGGCCGGUGUAGCGGCCGCACGGCCCAGCCCUGCCCAUGACUGUCGGGCCCGGAUCUGCCGCGCCCAGAGGCUGAGGGUUUUCAUAAAAAGCUUCCAUCUCCUGUCUGCAAGCUGAAGAAUUUAAGCUGUGAGGGUUGCUUUGGCUGGUGAUGUGGAUAAAAAAAUUUAGAACUGAAGUGCCACCUGGCUGUUUAAAUGAUGCUGUCCAAGGAAUGCAAGAUUGAGCUCGUGUCAGCGAAGACUAAAUAUAUUCUUAUCUAACAACUAUGAAGUUUCUGCUGGUUUUUGACUUUGACUAUACAGUCAUAGAUGAAAACAGUGACACCUGGAUUGUGAAAUGUGCUCCUGAGGAAAAACUGCCUAACAAAUUAAGAAACUCCUAUCAAAAAGGACAUUGGACAGAAUACAUGAGUAGGGUCUUUAGAUAUUUGGGAGACAGUGGAGUAAGAGAAGAUGAGAUGAAAAGAACUAUGACAACAAUUCCUUUCACUACAGGAAUGAGAGAUCUUUUAGAUUUUAUUGGCAAGAACAAAGAUUUCUUUGAUUGCAUAAUAAUUUCAGAUUCUAAUACAGUAUUUAUUGACUGGAUUUUAAAAGCUGCUAACUUUCAUGAAGUGCUUGAUGAAGUGUUCACAAAUCCUGCAACUUUCAGUGGCGCUGGCUAUCUUACUGUGCAGAAUUUUCACACUCAUCAUUGUGCAAAGUGCCCUAAAAACCUCUGCAAAAGAAAAGUGUUAGAAGAAUUUGUAGAUAAAAAGUUACGGCAAGGGGUAAAAUAUACAAAAAUUAUAUAUGUAGGUGAUGGUGGGAAUGAUCUCUGUCCAGUAACUUCUUUAAAGAAGGAUGAUAUUGCUAUGCCCAGACAAGGGUACACAUUACAGAAAAUGAUUUCUCAGAUGUCCGAGGAUCUUGAUCCUGUGCAGUCUUCUGUUCUAGUUUGGUCAUCAGGUAUUGAAAUUUUAUCUCAUUUGAAAUUACUUAUAAAGGAGUAACUCAAACUAUAGAGAUGGGUAAAGGUGUUUUAUCUUAUGUGGAGUGAAUAAUGGUAACCAUAUCUGUCUCAAAGCACACAGUUACAAUGCUGAGAUGCUAUUAUCUGAAACUAAGGCAUUGAAAUACAGGCUACAAAGUAUUGUGUUUACUCUUUACUGUAGUGGGAAAGUGAGCAUGUUGAAACAGAUUAUUUAUUAUAUGGAAAAACACUUAGUAUGAGCUUUUUCCAUUCAUGUAAAAGGGGGUGGGGUGUGGCACAGGGAGAAGGGAGCAGGGAGAAAGGCAGAAAGAGGCUAAUUUAUUGAACUUUUUUUUUUUUUUUUUUCCAAAUCUUGACUUUACCAGUUUGUGCAAAUUACUUCCGGCCAAAUAUUUAGGGGGAGAGGCAGGGUAAGUGCACAGAAUAAUGGCUUUUAAUGGAGGGUUCAUCUAUAUGUGUAAGAUUUAUCCUAGGCACUAAAAGCCAGCUACUGCCACUGUUGGUUUUGUUUAUUUGUUAAAGCCGCAAAAAUAUUUUAAGAUGUAAAUGUUUGUCUUGUAUAUGUGGUUCAAAGAGACACAUUAAAAUAACUACUAAAUAUUUUACUAAUCAAAGCAAGUUUUCUAAUAGUUUUUAUUGGCUUUAAGAAUUUAAGAAUGGCCA